AUGGACUUGUUCUACCUGGGCCGUCAGCUUAUCACGGCCUUGCCUUCUGGGAACAGUACCGAUGUCAGCGAUCUACCCAUCAAACUUCUCGAAGCGGUCGUUCCUGGUUACAGUCUCUUCGCGAACGCUGCACAACAAUGGCUCGGCUUCGACAUGAGUCUGAUCAUGACAUGUAUCGCCUUCUUCUUUAUCGCCAAACGUGCUGUUGACUUCAUCUGGAUCCGUAUUUACGGCACGUUUCUCGACCACUUCACAAGCUCUGUGCACAUCGACGGUAGUGAUGAACUAUACACCACAGUCAUGAAAUGGGUCGCAGCAACCAGGCCUGAUCUGUCCAAACGGUCACUCACUGCUCGCACUCAGUAUGGAUGUAUGUACGAUUCGGAUGAUGAAGACGAAGAUGAGGAUACAGAUAUGCUCGCAAAAGUCGCUAUUGGUGAUCAUGGCUACUUCAACUUCUCAAAAACUGCUGCACGCAUCCCACCUCGCUACGAACCCGAUCAUGGUCAAUUCUGGUUCUCAUCUCCAAGCGGCACCUUUCAGUUCAGAAAAACUGAAUACACUUCCCGUGGUAGCGAUGGCAUUGAACGCACCGAGUCUUGUGUCGAUCUCUCUUGUAUCGGCCUCAAUACCAACCCUAUCAAGUCGUUGCUCGCCGACAUCAAGGCAUGGACUGUACGCAAAGAGGGGUCAAAGACGGUAAUCUGCAUACCCGCAGCAGAGCGCUGGAAUGGAUGGAUGAGAGGUUCUGAGCGCCCAUCACGCCCAAUCGACACUGUAAUCCUGGACUCGGAGCAAAAGUCACGCCUCUUGCAAGAUAUGAACGAAUACUUGGAUCCUCUGAGCUCAAAGUGGUAUGCUUCUCGUGGCAUUCCCUACCGUCGUGGCUACCUAUUUUCUGGUCCUCCUGGGACUGGUAAGACCAGCUUGAGCUUCUCACUUGCUGGUAUCUUCGGUCUAAACAUCCACAUCAUCAAUCUCAUGGAUCCAUCCCUGACUGAGAGUAUGCUAGCAAGACUGUUCAACCACCUGCCGAAGAGGUGUAUCGUCUUGUUCGAGGAUAUCGAUGCGGCGGGAAUCAAGAAGCGUCAAGAUGAGUCUGAUUCUGACUCUGACUCCGACUCUGACUCCGACUCGGAGCAUGAGAGUGCUGAGAGAAGUUCGGUGAGGUCGACGGCUGGCAAGAGCAAGAGCAGGGGUCGCGCCAUGGCCAGAGGACAUGUCAUCGCCAAUGGUUCAAAAGGUUCAGCUAGUCCAGAUGUUGGGGCAGCCAAGAACCAUGUCAAUGGCGACACAAAGCAAGACGUCACCUUGGUCACGCCUACAGUGGUUCCCAAUGGCAAACCCCUCGUCACUACCAAUGGUAGAAGCACAUCCCGAGACUCAGUCGCGCAUGUCUCAAUCACACACNNGACGCUGAAGGAGCCUCUUCACAUUCAAUGUGCGGAUUAUCCUCGCCGCAAGGCUCCCAGCACCAGCUUCAAGGUCCCCUUACCGUCGACUCCCUGGCUCGCGCCCUCAUUGCAGCAACUCGCCAUUCCCGCUCGAAAUCUUCAUCCCCUCCGCCUCGUAAACGUCGCAGUCGUAAACACAAAUCGUCAUCCUCGUCUGACNAAUAAGGAUGAGCCCACAUCGAAGAUCUCGCUGUCCGGUCUGCUCAAUGUGAUCGACGGCGUUGCAACACACGAAGGUCGCAUCCUCAUCAUGACAACCAACCACCCUGAAAAGCUCGACCCAGCAUUGGUACGCGCAGGAAGAGUCGACAUGCAGAUUCGAUUCUCCUAUGCCACUACCCCGCAGAUCAAGAGUUUGUUUUUGAGAAUGUACACUGGGGAUAACAUUCCUGCUGUCACUACAGGAACAUUCUUGUCGACGAUUGGCAUCAAGAAAGACGCAGAAGGUAUCGCUGGAGAUGGAGUUGCAGAGGCACUGCUUACACAAGAUGAAUUGGAGGACUUGAGUACAGAAUUCGCUGAUAAGCUGCCGGAGGGAAAAUUUGCUCCUUCAGAUGUGCAGGGUUACCUACUACUGUACAAGAAGAAGCCCAGAGAGGCUGUUGGUCGGGUUGAGGCGUGGAGAGAUACAAAGCUCUUGGAGGUAGCUGAGAAGGAGAAGAAUAAGCCUGCUGGAAAGAUGGUGAAGAAGACUUGA